AUGAAGAAUGAUGGAAUGACGAUUGGAAACCAUGGUGCGUGCAACAGUACCCCCAUAGGACUACUGGAGCAGCCAAUGAGGGGUCUACAUCGGUAUUUCAGCAAUGACUACGAAAGAGUGAAUGUCUAUUCAGGACAGCAAAGCCCUCUCGCCCUCGUCGGAAGCGCCAGCGCUAAAAGAAGAAAAAGUGGCGAGCCCGUUGCUUCAGCUGCCCAAGUCAGCCCUGCGCAGGCUGCCGUGAUUGGUGUCCCCGCCUGGACCAGCCCGUGA